AUGGACGCUGCAGAAAGAGAAUCUUAUGAAAAGCAGUCUCAGGAUUUACGGGCAGACCUAAAAAGCUGGGAAAGCAAGUGGGCCAAGGAGCACAAAGGAAAGAAACCUGAUCGCGAAGCCAUCAAGCAAAAUCCGGACAUUGCUCGAAAGUAUAAGAAUUACAACAAGAUACGGGAUAUUCUCUCUGGCAAGGUGCAACCACCGGGCCCAAAGGAUGAGCAGAAACCAAGGAAACGCAAGUCAACCGAUCUCCACGCCCAGACGCCCUCGAAGCGCAUAAAGACCGCCGAGACACCAUCGAAUACGCGGUUCCAGAGCAACGCUGCAGAAUUAGCCGUUACCCCUUCAUUGAGCAGGAAAUUGUUCAGUCCAGCAGUUCCGACUUCCAUUGGACCUACACCACAACGGGAUGGCCGUGUGUUAGGGCUCUUCGACCUCCUCGGCGGCGCCGAUGCGGAGACCCCGUCUAAGGGAGCCGGCAAUCAAGAUACGAAUUCAUUUGCUCAAAUACAAGCCACUCCUAGCAAGUCAGCAUCUGGACUCGACGCCGACAGCACAAUUAAGCUGGGUCGAACACCUCAAUCGUCCAGCAAGCAGCGUAUGUUGGAUGGAUUCAUGACACCUCUCAAGAAACGAGAUGAAUACACAGCCGGCAAAUCACCCAGCUCAGUGUCACGACUACAGUUUGCCACGCCUGCAUUCCUAAGAAGAGCGCCCAUGCCACCGGUGGACGAAAAUGGAGAGUUCAAGUCGCCAAAUCCUAUUCGCCUUCCCCGAAAACCACUCGUACGGGGACUGAGCAGCAUCGUGGCUAGCCUACGCAAAGUCGAAGAGGAGCAAUUGGACGAUGACUUGGAGGCGCUACACGAGAUGGAGAAUGAGGCUGCUUCAGGAGCGCCCAAGCCCGAACCGAAGUCGAAACCAACGGAGGAGGAUGUCCUCGUAGAGGACAGUCAAGCACCAAAUAUGCUCCUGGGAGGUUUCGAUGAUGAGGCUAUGUAUGACAGCCCCGUGGAGGACGAUGUCGACCGCAAUGGGCAGCCACUUAGGGUGUUCAAGAAAAAGGGGCAGAAACGAACCACUCGGCUGGUCAAGAUGCGGCCCACAAGAUCAAAACGACCAACUCAGACAAUGGAAGAAGCCGAGGAGAGCGAAAAUGAGGAGAAUGUCGUUCCAGAAACGCAAAUUGAUGGAACGAAGGAUGGUGCAAAUGAGGACUCCAUUCUACAGCUGUCAGACUCGGAUUUCGGUGGCUCGGAUGAUGAAGAACAAGAUGAUGAUCACGUAGCCAAGAAAAGAAAGACCAAGAAGAGUCAAACAAAGCCAGAGAUCAAGGAAGGGCCAAUCAAGAAGGCAGCUAGGAAGGUCAAUGCCAUGGCACACGCGAAUUUCAGAAGGCUGAAGCUACGCAAUAACGGAGCGAAGGGUGGUCCAGGCUAUAAUAGCAGGUUCCGGAGGCGGAGGUGA